AUGGCCGGCACUGAGCUGUCGGGUGUCGUUGACGAGGCGACGUUCGCUCGGGAAGUCGCCCAAGAGGCGAGUCGGAGCUCGAGGGAAACCUUCGCAUGCCAGGACGACGAGCCGCGCAGACCCGCCAGGAACAGUUCUUGGGACUGGAACAAGAUCUGUGCCUACCACACCAACAGAGUGGUUCGUAUCCAGGAUGCCAACCUGGGAUACCUCUACUGGGGCAUUGUGACGCUCGUUGUGCUCUACAUCCAGAUCGUUGUUUUCCACAUUGAAGGAAGACAUACAUUUCAGGAGCCGGGGCUUGGCGCAGUCAUCACCAAGUUCAAGGGCAAAGGCUUCACCGCAGACGGCAAGGCCUUCGAUGCGCCGGAUUUGAGAUACCCCAUCAUCGAGCCCUCCGGCGCUUUCAUCAUGACCCGCCGGGUCACCGUGAAGGAUCAAAAGAUGGGCACCUGUGUGGAUUGGGAUAGCCCAGAGCAUUGUCCAUGCGGAGAGCAUGCAGUGUGUGGCGCUGACAACUACUGCGAGGUGAAGGGCUGGUGCCCGAGCUUGGGUGACCACAACAUAGAUCACCCGCCCCAAGGAGCUGUGGUGGAGGACAUCCUGGGCCUCGAGGAGGCAGUCCUGAUGAUCGUCGCUGGAAUCGGCUUCCCGAGCAUCGGGAAGACCUUCCACGUGGCUGGCUCCAGCCCAGAUUCGAGCGACCUGCACAAGCACAUCACGCUGCCGCAGCUGCUGGAACUGGCAGACCCACCAAUGAAGCUGCAGGACGUGGCGAAGAGCGGCUGCAUCAUUGCAGUGAACUUCUUCUGGAACUGCGACCUGAGCUGGCGAUCGGAGUGUGAGCCGAAGCUGAGCGUCAAGCGCGUGGACGAUGGAACUGGCUUCGUCCAGAAGAGAGCCAAGAAGAAAACAGUGGCAGGAGUGGAGACGAGGGACGCUGUGUACAUGUAUGGCCUGCGCUUGAUCGUCGACUCCUCGGGCAUUGGCCGCCAAAUUAGCUUGGUGCCCAUCGUCAUCCAGCUGGGCUCCUGUCUGGCCUUGGUGCAGAUUGCGUCAAUGGCUGCUGACUUCCUGAUGGUGCGCAUGUAUGACAAGGAGCGUUGCGAUGCAUACUACCGCUGCAAGGUUGUGGAAACGAAGGACUACUCCGAGAUGCAGGAGCGCCUGGACCUGGUGGGCGAUCAGCGCUCCAAGGCACGGGAGAUGGUCCAGGGCGGCGUGAUCCGCAGCGGCGGCACGGGCGCCGGGGUGUCCCUGGGCCUGGGCGCCGGCGGCAGAGGCAACAUGUCUGCACUGCUGAGGGGCCGCAACGUGGGCGCGCGAUCGUCUGCGGGCUGA